GAACUGUAGAAGCAUUUCCCCUCAAUCUUCAUAUAGUAUUAGUAUUAUAAGAACCGGCCUAAGGUUGAUGACUUGAUGUAAUACCAGAAAUGGAAACAUCUACAGCAAAGUUCAUUUUAAAUACAGUAAUCUGUAUAGUUAUUGUGGCAGGGUUACUAAAAGUAGCAAACUGGGUAUGGGUGAGACCAAAGAAGCUGGAAAGACAGUUAAGACAACAAGGUUUAUUGGGCACUUCUUACAAGCUUUUCUAUGGAGAUUUGAAAGAAAUAUCUUUGAUGCGCAAACAAGCAUUGAAAACCCCCAUGUCAAGCUUCUCCAACAAUUACAUACCACGCAUUCUUCCUUUCCCACAUCGGCUCGUCCAGGAAUUUGGAAAAGACUAUUUCUUUUGGGAUGGUCUUACACCAAUGGUAAACAUCUCAAAGCCAGAAUUAAUUAGAGAAGUGUUAACCAAUAUACAUGAUUUUCAGAAACCAAGAAUGAACCCGCUAGCUGACGAGUUCUACGCCGGGCUUAUCAACUAUGAGGGAGAGAAGUGGGUUAAACAUAGGAAAAUGAUUAUCCCUGCCUUCAAUACAGAGAAGUUAAAGCUUAUGCUGCCAGCAUUCUAUGAAAGUUGUGUGGAAAUGGUUGAUAAAUGGGAGAAAAUAAUAACUGAAAAUGGUUCUAGUGAACUUGACGUAUGGCCAGAUCUUACUACACUCACAGCUGAUGUAAUCUCUAGAACUGCUUUUGGUAGUAGCUAUAAGGAUGGGCAACGAGUAUUUGAGCUUCUAAGAGAGCAGCUUAACAUGGCUUCUCUUAUGCUACAAUCAGUAUACUUCCCUGGAUUAAGGUACAUUCCAACAGCAAGAAAUAGGAAGUUCAAGAAAGCUGGAGAUGAAAUACAAACAAGAUUGAAGAAGAUCAUCAAGAAGAGGAAGGCAGAGAUAGAAGCAGGAGAAGCAACAAAAACAGACCUAUUAGGUGUACUUCUUAGUUCCAACAUGAGUCUCCAGGAGGUAAUCAAUGAGUGUAAACUUUUCUACUUUGGUGGACAAGAAACCACUUCAUUACUACUUGUUUGGACAUUGCUCUUGUUGAGCAAGCAUCAAGAUUGGCAAGCACGAGCACGAGAAGAAGUGCUGCUUACCUUUGGAAAUUCUGCACCUGAUUUUGAAGGUUUAGCUCAUUUAAAGACUAUGAACAUGAUUCUACACGAGGUUCUAAGAUUAUAUUCACCGGCAAUUGAACUUAAGAGAAGGGUUUCUAAAGACACAAGACUAGGAGAUCUCUCAAUCCCCGCUGGGACAUUGAUAUGUUUACCAUUACUAUUUGUUCACCAUGAUACACAAAUCUGGGGUGAAGAUGCUCAAGAAUUCAAACCAGAAAGGUUCAGAGAAGGGAUCUCAGCAGCAACAAAAGGGAAUAUCUCAUUCUUUCCCUUCAGUGUGGGACCAAGAGUAUGCCCAGGAGAAAAGUUUUCUCUAAUUGAAGCUAAAAUGGCAUUAUCCAUGAUUUUGCAACGUUUUGUUUUUGAGCUUUCCUUAAACUAUGUUCAUGCACCCAUGGAUGUUAUACUUGUACAACCUCAAUAUGGUGCUCAGAUCAUUUUGCGUUUAUUAUCGUGACCGUCAAUUAGCAAGGGUAAAACAGGCUUUCGCCUAGGGUUCCAAAAUUAUAUAUAAUUUAUGUUUUUUUCUAUGUAACAUGCUAUUUGGAUUUUUUUUAUAUAAAGUUUUAAAAUAUGAACAAUGCAAAAUAAACAAAUUAUUACGCCUUAAAUUUUUAAGGACUUUUUAUCUUUUGCUUUGGGGCUUAUAUCUGAACGAGACGGGGUUGCUGAUUAUUGUGAGCACUUAGAAGCUUUGCUGCUGUAAUUGUUGAUCAAUGGUAUACUACUAUUAUACGAUCAUAACUAUUAUAUGAUCAUCAUCAUAGUUUGAAUACUGAAAUGAUUGUGAAACAUAUUAUUGUAUACUUGUUUGUGUUCCAUUAUAUUUGUUAUAUUUGACUUUUUACGCAAUUUAAUGUGUUAUUUUGAUUAUUUAUAUAUUGAACUAUGUGC